CUCAACGAAGAGGCUGGGAGCGAAAGGCACACAGAGGAGGUUAGUCUAGAAAGUGUAUGAUAGUCAUCCCUUUCUGAUUAAGGCUGCGUUUUUCUCGUGUUCCCCCACCCCCUCCCCGCCUACCGCCGCUGCACGAUCUCAAGGGCCGAAGCCACCUUGUGAAUUUCCAGCACUUUUCCUCAUCUCUGGAGCAAACUGCCAGAUGAAAAUGUCAGGGGAAGCCGGAGCUCUGCCGAACGGGCCCCUCAGGUCAGAGCUGUCUGCCGCCUUGGAUGAUUGCAUGGUAGCUCUGGAUCUUUUCCUGCGGAACGACUUCGAGGGGGCGCUGUCUCGCCUGCGGAGCCGAAUGAAAGACAGCAUGUACCACGCCCUCACGUACGCUACUAUCCUCGAGAUGCAGGCAUUGAUGACCUUUGACCCCGCAGACAUAAUGGCAGCUGGAAACACCAUGAAAGAUGCACAGGCGGUGUGCCAGCGAUAUCGCAGGAAGUCCUCCUUCAACAGCAUGGCCAGUAGAAACUUCACAGAAGAGGAACUCCACGCCGAAUUGUGCUAUGCAGAGUGUCUCCUGCAGAGGGCAGCACUGACUUUCCUUCAGGACGAAAACAUGAUUAGUUUCAUUAAAGGAGGAAUUAAAGUGCGGAACAGCUACCAGACAUACAAGGAGCUGCAUACGGUUCUCUUGUCGUCCAGCUACAUUCAAGGAGAAAAUCAUAAUCAUUUUGAAGGAGGAGUUAACCUUGGAAUAGGGGCUUUCAAUCUAAUGUUGUCCAUGCUGCCAACAAGGAUCCUCAGGCUGCUGGAGUUCGUUGGCUUCUCCGGCAAUAAGGAGUUCGGGCUGCAGCAGCUGCAGGACGGCUCCUCCACUCACACGUUACGGGCAUUUCUGUGUAACAUGCUGCUGAUCUGCUACCACACCUUCAUGAGCUUCAUCCUGGGAACAGGGGAAGGAGAUGUGGAGGAUGCAGAGAAGCUGCUACAGCCCUACCUCAAACGGUACCCCAAAGGAUCCAUCUUCCUAUUUUUCGCUGGCCGGAUUGAAGAGAUCAAAGGCAACCUGGACGCGGCCGUCAACCGCUUCCAGGAGUGCUGCGAGGCCCAGCACCAGUGGAAGCAGUUCCACCACAUGUGUUACUGGGAGCUGAUGUGGUGCUUCACCUACAAGCGGCACUGGAAGAUGGCCUACUUCUACGCCGACCUGCUCAGCAAGGAGAACGCCUGGUCUAAGGCAACAUAUGUGUAUAUGAAAGGUGCCUACCUUAGCAUGCUGAGCAGGGAGGAGCGUCUGCCCUUCAGGGAGAGCGAAAUGGCCCUCUUCAGACAGGUGCCCAGGCUGAAGCAGAAAAUAGCAGGGAAGUCCCUGCCCACGGAGAAAUUUGCCAUCCGAAAGGCGCGCCGGUACCUUGCCGAGAGCCCCCUGCCCCUUCCCGCUCCACCCCUGGAGAUGAUGUACAUCUGGAACGGAUAUACGGUCAUCAGGAAGCACAAAGACCUGACGGAAGGCAUGCUGAAGACCCUGGAAGAUGAGCAAAGGAAGCUAGAGGAAUACCCAAAAACUGAGACGUCUGUGGAUGACCAGUGUCUGGUGAGUCUCCUGAAAGGUCUGUGCCUCAAGCAUCUGGGCCGUCCUGAGGAGGCUGAGCACUACUUCACCCUGGUCCUCUGCAAUGAGGUGCAGAUCAAGCUGGAUCACUACCUGGUACCCAACGCUCUGCUGGAACAUGGGCUGCUGUGCCUGGAACAGGGAAGGAGGGAUGAAGCCAUCGCUCUCCUGGAAGCGGCCAGGCAGAAUUAUAAGAACUACUCCAUGGAGUCCCGGACACACUUCCGAAUCCAGGCAGCUUUGCACAAGGCCAGGGCUACACAAGGGAAUGGGAUUCACUAGGAGACGUCCGGUCCGUUGCCAGUGUUGUGAAAGUUGGCCUGAAGCCUUGCGUCCAGGGUCCUGAAGAGUAGGGGCGUCCCUCAAGAUGGCAGAGAGCUGAACUGCGCCAAUCUCCCAGCAAGCAGAGCUGAGGAACAGGCCUCAGCAUGGGCUGUCACCCUCACAGCGCCGCACAAACAGCCACACUGACACACACACACGCACACACACAGAUUCAUACUUACACAGAGAGAAACGCAAGUCACAACCUAGGGUCUGUGCUCAGGCUGACACACAUAUAUGCACAGAUAGAAUGAUGGUGAAAUGGCCUGUGACAGUAUUGUGAUUGUUGUUAUUAUUAUUAUUGUUAUGAUUAUUAUUAUUAUUGUCACAUCUGGAAGAGACAUUAAUAUACAGCUCUGGGAAAAAAAUUGAGAUCACAGCAAAAUUUUCACUUUCACUCAUUUCUCAAUUUAUGUAAAAUAUACAUAUUUUUGCAAACUCCAACCUGGCUUUUCCCUGCUUCUCAUUGAUGAAGGGCUUCUCCUUGCUUUAUAGCAGUGGCUCUCACCUUUAUUGCACCGCAACCCAACGUUUACCAUGCCAACUCAGUUGCGACCCUAUGUCAAGCAUAGGUUUAAAUUAACGCUGUGGUCAAGCACACACUGCAGUUUACGCCAAUUAAUGUCUAUAGCACAAAUCUAAUUGGAUGUGCCAGUGAAUUUUAAAUUAAGCAUCUGUGGUUUGGCUUCUUGGAUUGGUUGGGUGUUCACUAGUUUUGCACUAAGCAGUUGCAGACCCAAGACUCGUUUUUAUAGGUUAAUUCUAGGAUUGGGGCUGGGAAAUCUGAUCGUGGAUCAGCAUAAGAGCUUACUGGUUUUAAAGUGCUUACAUUUCCAACUCAGGCUUGUGACACUUUCAGAACUUUCAGAACAGACUCAAAUUUGGGUCGUGACCCAUGGGUUGAGAAUUGCUGCUUUAUGGGUCUUCAGUCCUGCUUCUAGAAGCCUGAUACGAACAGUCCUAGCAGUGCACUUCACACCACUUAAUGUUUCCCAUUCUUUUUGACGGGCAUUUGAGGUCAUCCUCCAAUUUGUGGGGCACUGCUGGAUAAGUUGACGCUCAUCUGUGGUAUUUGAAAGUUGCUUCUGCCCUCUACUUAGUUGGUUUCUGGUCGUUCCCAGUGUCUCCUGCUUCACCUUGUUCUUGUGUACUGUGGUCUUAGAAACUUUGAUCCUGGAAGCCACCUGCUGUGCAGUGUAGCCUUCUGCCAGCAGAACCAGGAUUAAACCGGGAUUUAAAAUAGCAGAUUCUUAAAAAAUGUAGAGUGGUCUCAUUUUUUCCCAGAGCUGUAAAUGGUGCAUUAAAACACAUUUCACAGUCAUACUGAUCAAAGUAAGCAUUUCUGUUGAAGUCCAUUUUGUUAAGUUCUCGAUUGUCUUCACAUUUUGGACCAUAUUGGUAAUGUGUAGAUAUUAUUAUUAUGAGCUGUUGUGCUGAUGUAGUGGAAUUUGUCACAUAAUAAUUUUCUUAACAUUGAGAUGGUGCACAUGUGCUUUAUAGUGACGCGCCAGUCAUUGCGGCCGGUGAAAUGAAGAGAACAGGGAGUAACUGUGAGAAAGGAAAUGUCUGUCAGCCUUAAUCGCCCGUAACAUUACUUUGCUAAAUGUACGAAACCGAAAUCAGUGUUUGUGGUCUGCUAUGUGUGACUGAACUGAAAGAAAAUUGGAGUCGACCCAGGAAAUACUUCGCAAAUUUAAAGCUGUCCUUUUCCGUCUCUGGUUCUGUUUAUGGAAUUUUGCUUUUGUUUAGAUAUGAUCAAACUAAGUUUUCAUUUCGUAAAUAAAGAAGAACAAACGAUUGAAUUAAUACGAUAAAGUUUUUUCCAUUGUUUAUUUCUUGCAUCCUUAAGAUGGUUACAGAGGGGAAAAAUGUUUUUUGUUUAAUUUACACUUCGUUCCCUUACUGCUGCCUACUUCACAACAGCCCAUGAUUGAUUUAUAAAACGAUUUAUUGAAUUGCGUUAUCACCAAAAAGCCGCAUCUCAGUUGUCGCAGUUAUGUAAUCGGGAGUAUUUGAGGCACAUUUUAAUUUGAUAGAAACGCUGUGACAGCCUCGUGCUCAAAAAAAAAACGCCGUGGCGUGUUCAGUGAAUGCAUUCCCACUACACAGCAAGUCUCUUUUGGCUACCAGAGAGGGAAAUUAUAUACGCUAGAAUUCGUCCUUUUCUGUCCUUCCUGUAAAUUACAUAGUUAAAUAAAAUUUUCCAUACUACUCAA